AUGCACCUCUGCAAGCGAGGCAGGCGGGAACUGGACUGGCAGGACGAGCUGGAUGUGGAAAGCACCGUGAAGACGCCGCUGCAUUUUGAGCCGUCCAAGUCCACCCGCACCCAGGAGGUGCUGCCUGCCCGCCCCUGGGGACAGCUUCUGCCCUACCCUCGGGCCCUGGUUCUGGGGCCGCGGCACCACGGAGGACUGACCCCGGAGGAGGGCGGGUUUGCCCCUGGCCUGGGCCGACCCCUGGAGGCACCCGGCUGCCGGGCCGCUGGAAGGCGGGUCGGGCAGAGAACAGGCAGGAAGCUGAAACGCGACAAGGUGGACCGGAGGGGACGGCCUCAGCCCCGGCCUGAGCUCUGCCCGUUUCCUGCCCCCACAGGCCGGCUCGGGCCUCGCUGCAGCCGCUGCCAGAGGAGCCUGUCCUUGCACACGUCCGUGCGGAUUCUGUACCUCUUCCUGGCCCUGAUGCUGGUGGCCGUGGCUGUGCUGGCCUCUCUGGUUUUCAGGAAAGUGGACUCUCUCUCUGAAGACAUCUCCCUGGCCCAAGCCAUUUAUGACAAGAAACUUGUCUCUAUGCAAGAAAAUCUCCAGGGCUUGGAUCUGAAAGCUCCCAGCAACUGCUCUUUCUGCCACGAGGCCGGGCAGCUGGGGCAGGACAUCAGGAGCCUGCAGCAGGAGCUGGCGGGGAUGCAGAAGACGCUUCUGGCCCAGGAGGCUCAGCUGGGCCAGGCCGCCCAGACGCACGAACUGCUGUCCACCACCACCAGCCGGCUGGCCCGGGAGACGGGCAGCUGCUCCUUCUCCAUCCACCAGGUCAACCAGUCUCUGGGGUUCUUCCUGACGCAGGUGAGGGGCUGGCAGGCCACCACGUCCGGCCUGGACCUCUCGCUCAAGGACCUCGCCCAGGAGUGCUACAGCGUCAAGGCCGCCCUGCAGCAGGUCAACUUCACGGCGGGGCAGACUUCCGAGUGGAUUCACGGGAUCCGGCGGAAGACGGACGAGGAGACCCUCACCCUGCAGAAGGUCGUCACCGACUGGCAGAACUACACCCGGCUCUUCGGCAGCCUGCGCGCCACCUCGGCCAAGACGGGCGAGGUGGUCAAGAGCAUCCAGGCCGCGCUGGGCACCUCCUCGCAGCGCAUCAGCCAGAACUCCGAAAGCGUGCACGACCUGGUGCUGCAGGUCAUGGGCUUGCAGCUGCAGCUGGACAACAUCUCGUCCUUUCUGGACGACCACGAGGAAAACAUGCACGACCUGCAGUACCACACACGCUACGCACAGAACCGCACGGCGGAGCGGUUUGAGACCCUGGAGGGACGCAUGGCCUCCCACGAGAUCGAGAUCGGCACCAUCUUCGCCAACAUCAACGCAACCGACAGCCACGUGCACAGCAUGCUCAAGUACCUGGACGACGUGCGGCUGUCCUGCACGCUGGGCUUCCACGCGCACGCCGAGGAGCUGUACUACCUGAACAAGUCCGUGGCCCUCAUGCUGGGCACCGCCGCGCUGCUCCAGGAGCGCUUCGGCCUGCUCAGCGCCCGGCUGGACUUCAACGUCCGCAACCUCUCCAUGGUCAUGGAGGAGAUGAAGGCGGUGGACAUGCGGCACGGGCAGAUCCUUCGCAACGUCACCGUGGUGCGAGGCGCUCCCGGCCCUCCAGGACCAAGAGGACUCAAGGGAGACGCAGGCGUGAAAGGGCCCCCUGGCAGCAGAGGACCCAAAGGGGACUCUGGUGACUUGGGCCCCCCGGGACCCCAGGGCCCGCAGGGGCAGCCUGGGGACCCCGGGCCUAUGGGGGAGAGAGGCCCAGCCGGCCUGCGAGGUAUCCCAGGCUUCAAAGGCUCGAAGGGCAGCAUUGGAACUGGGGGUCCGAGAGGACAGCCAGGCGCCAAAGGGGAUGUGGGACCCCCUGGCCCCGAGGGGCCACCGGGGUCUCCAGGGCCCUCGGGGCCUCAGGGGAAACCGGGGAUCGCCGGGAAGACGGGGUCACCAGGGCAGCGGGGACCCACAGGGCCUAAGGGAGAGCCUGGGAUCCAGGGUCCUCCUGGCCUCCCCGGGCCCCCAGGACCACCAGGAAGCCAGAGCCGCUACUGAGGGGUCCCCGGGCCUGAACACUGCCACACAUGAUGCCAGGAAGGGGGCUCAUGCCCCCCAGAAAGCUGCACCCACAGGUGUGGUGCUUUCAUCCUGAUGGGCGCCCCCAGGCCUCCUGCAAACCUCGGGCACCCCAUAGUGACUGUGCCAAAGAAAGCAGACACACACACACAUCUCCCUGCUGGCCAGGAGGGCGACAGGCCUGCCCUGGCCGGGCAGGAGGAGGGGCGGAGGCCCACCCGCUCCUGUGAGAGCCCGCUGGGCGGCCGCUACCUCGGGAGGACGGCGCGACGGCCUCUGAUCGGUGACCAAGCCUGGUCCCUCCCCGUCUUCACCCCCACCCCAGCCACACUUGCCCUGGCCCCUCUGGUCGCAGACCCAGGAAAGGCUUUUCAGGGGGUUAUGGUUCAACUCAGGGGACUGGUGCAGGCCACGACCCCUGCUCACACAGGAAGCCGCACCCAGCGCCUUUCUCGGGACCCCGCACCGGCGGCGAGGGGCCCCAGGAAAUCCCAGGCUCCCCGCUUGCCUCUGCCUCGCAGGAGCACCCCAGGGGGCCACACACAGAGACGCUCUCGGGCUCUGCAGCGAGCUCCGAAAGGGUGCCAGCCCUGGGGAGCCGGAGGCAGGGCAGGGGCGGGCGCGAGGUGCUGCGGGCCCGGACACCAGGCUGCCACCCUGGAGGGGUGCCCCCUUCGGGGGGGCCCUCUGCUGGACCAGGGAACGCCAGGCUGAGCGCAGACGGGGCCCCGAUACAGGGCAGCUCUCCGCUCUGACCCUAGGGCUCUCCUCCGGCCCACUGACCUUGACCGCAGGGACCCCAAGCAGUGGCCUGUGCAGGCUGCAGGGCCAGAAGAGGAGGAGGGCCUGUUUAUGCCCCCGGCCGGUCACCGUGUCCUUGUCCCCCUCCACCUCCACACACUGGAGGUGGGACAUGGGGGGGGUUCACCCCAAGGCGCCAGACUCCCCCCCGCGGGCAUGCGGUUGCUUCCUCCCCACCCGGCCUCAGAGCCAGGCCUCCCCACCCCAAAGCCUGAUGCCACCUCCCUCCUGUAACAGAGGUGCAACUGGUUUGCACGCCCACCCCGCUGCACGCCAGUCUCCCGUCCUCUUGUGCUUCGUGGGACAUUGUAUUACUGACCCAGUAAACGGCUGUUUCUAGA